AUGAAUUUGGAUUACACACCAGAUAUGUUCAAUCAAGCACUGAUUCUUCUUGAAAACAAAGUUUUUGAUGGCAAAGUGCUUCCCGUUCCUCAACGAAAUCGGGGUGAUCGACUAAGCAGUGCGAUGCUCAGAGAAACAAGUUAUAAUGUGAACGAGUUAAACGCUUAUGUAACCGCAAAUGAACCGUUAUUGGUACCAGAUCAGCGAGCUGCGUACAAUGCAAUUUUGGCUCAGGUCGAGAGAAAAGCUGGUGGAAUCAUUUUUCUUGAUGCGCCCGGUGGAACAGGGAAGACAUUUGUCAUCAAUUUACUAUUAGCUAAAAUCCGCCAACAGUCGAAGAUUGCAGUUGCAGUUGCCUCUUCUGGCAUUGCCGCUACGCUACUGCAUGGUGGUCGCACUGCUCAUUCGACAUUAAAGUUACCCUUGACGCGUCCGUCAGAUGACAAGUAUGUCUGUAAUAUUAAGAAGGGAACUAGCGAAGCAAUGGUUCUUCAGGAGUGUCAACUUAUUGUAUGGGACGAGUGCACAAUGGCCAAUAGGCAUGCAUUGGAAGCCUUGAACUAUACUCUACAAGAUCUUCAUGGUAGUGGAUGUAAUAUGGGCGGAGUAGUUUUACUUCUUGCUGGGGAUUUUAGACAAACACUGCCCGUUAUUCCGAAGGGCACUAUCGCUGAUGAACUGAAAGCUUGCCUGAAAUCUUCGUAUCUUUGGAUACAUGUAACAUCAUUGAAACUUUCAACUAACAUGAGAGUCCACUUACAAGGUGACGUGUCAGCUGGUCGUUUUGCCGAACAGCUUGUAACAGUUGGAAAUGGUAAAAUACCUGCUGAUCGAGUUAAUGGUCUCAUUAGUUUUCCAACCAAUUUUUGCAAUUUGGUCGAAUCAGUCGAAAUUCUUAAGGAUCGGGUAUUUCCAAACAUUACGACUCAUUUCAGAGACCAUGCAUGGCUGUGCGAACGUGCUAUUUUAGCUCCCUAA